GUUGAGUAUUCCACAUUUUUUCAUACACUAUUAAAACGAGGAUGAUCGCAGUAGCAGCAACAGCAACAGUAACAUCGGUACUUGAGGCAGCGUCACGAAAAACAAGCACACAACUGCAGACACUCAAUGGGAUAUUUGCGGUCAAUAAGCCGCCGGGGAUCAGCUGUACAGGGCUUCUCGACUACAUCAAGCGCAACGCAGGCAAGGGCGUCCACGCUAUGCCCUUUGCCGAGCACUUUGAGCGCGAACGCCAACUCCGGGUAACAGGAAAAAAGAUUCGCCGCCCGCGUUGCUCCCCGCAUCUCCGGGUCGGUCAUGGCGGUACCCUGGAUGUGGAGGCUGGCGGCGUGCUUGUAGUGGGCCUGGGCAAUGGAUGCAAGCAGUUGGAAGGAUUCUUGAAGGGUGGCAAGUCGUAUUUGGCCGAGGCCCGCCUGGGUAUUGCCACUGAAUCGUUUGAUGCCGAGGGUCGGGUCACUGAGAUUGUGGAUACCAACGUAUCUGCCGAUGACAUUCGCAGGCAGUUGGGUCAGUUUACAGGCAACAUCAUGCAAAUACCACCAAAGUACUCUGCCAUCCGUAUUGAUGGAAAGAGGCUGUAUGAGUAUGCCCGCGAUGGGACAACAGUGCCUGUGCCUGUGGAGGCCAGGCCCGUGCACAUCGGGAGCAUCGAUCUUUUGCAUUUCCAGGCGCCUGGUCAAGCAACAUUCGGCGUACGAGCGAGAUUGCCGCUAGACGUUGAGGCAUACUAUGCAGAAGGACGGUAUCGCUGGGAGGGAGGGAGGGCUCGGCAGGGCGAACCCUUGUUGGCGUGGAGCAAUGAGCCAGGCGUGCCGCGGAUGCAGAUGUUGAUUCAGAGCGGCGGCGGCGUUUAUAUUCGCUCGCUGGUCCAUGAUCUUGGCCAUGCGCUGGGUUCGGCUGCCACUAUGAUGACGCUGUUGCGCUUGUCCCAAGGGCCCUUGCGGUUGGACAAAGAUUCCAUUGAGGUUGCCGAUCUUCCCUACGAUGAGAGGAUUAUUGCUGCCGUGAGGCAUUCGCAGAGUCUGAUGUGAGCAAACAAAAACCAUAUAAUGGCAUGCGAGUGCUGCGAUUGACUGUCACUAUUUCAAAUUGUCAAGGUGUUGGUUUGGGAAUGACUAAAGUCCGCACUGAUGUACUCGUACAAAAUAAUAUUUGCUGUACAGAGCCUUCGCUGCCAAGCGAGGCAAAAUAUCUAUGAACAAAUGCCCAACACUCACUAUCCAUUGCCGCUGAAGUUUCAGUGGCUGCAAUUUUGCGUAUCAGCACAACUCCGAAGAGACACAUUAAAUGUAUAAAG